CUUUCAGGGAUGGCUCUGUGAGGCUCUGGGAAACUGUGUGAGGACCAGGGCUAAGAAGGCCACAGUAAAGGGUUGCAGAGCAGCACUGCCUGAGCUCCCACAAUGAAUCCUGCUAGUUUCUCUCUUCACUGGAUGUGAGGAGGUCACCAGGACAAUGGCUUCCUAGAGGAAACCUGGAAGCUUUUCAGCGUUUGACCAGCGGAGAAGCUGGCCUAGAGACAACACUUGUGGCCAGGUAAAGCCAGUCAGACGUGAAGAAAUGAAAUCCUCCAGGAGAACCACAUUGUGCUUCAUGUUUAUUGUGAUUUAUUCUUCCCAAGUUACAUUGAACAUGAAUUUAGAGUCUAUUGUUCAUCCUACAAGUCUUCAUGGACAUGAACUGACAGAAGAGUUGUCACCGAGGCAGAAGCGAGCAGUUGUCCUAAGUAGUCCUAUCGCUGAAGAUUACGUGUUUGAUAUUGAGAUCAAUUUUGAAAAUGUCUCCUUCCUGGAUCCCUUCAUAACUUACUUGGACAAUCUCAAAUUUCCAAUUCAAGGAAAUGACACUGAUCCAGCCAUAAACAUCUUGAGCCUUGAAGUGACAACAGUCUGCAGGCCUGCUGGAAAUGAAAUCUGGUGCUCCUGUGAGGCAGAUUAUAAGUGGCCUCUGGAAAGGUGUCUCCACAAUCUCACCUGUCAAGAAUUCAACAGCUCCCCCACAGAGCAUCAGUGCAAUUGUCUAAAAGAGUUGCCUCCUAGGGGACCGUUUUGUCAGCUAAGGGGAGAUGUUACCUUGAAAAUGUCCGUUAAACUCAAUGUGGGAUUUCAAGAAGACCUCAAGAACUCAUCCUCUGCACUCUAUAGGUCCUAUAAGACUGACCUGGAAGCAGCGUUCUGGAAAGGAUACCAUAUUCUACCAGGCUUCAAAACAGUGACUGUGACAGGAUUCAGUCCUGGAAGUGUGGUGGUGAGUUAUGAAAUUACAACCAAAGCACCCUCGACAAAAUUACUGCGCAAAGCAAAUGAGCAAGUGAUCCAGAACUUGAAUCAGACCUACAAAAUGGACGACAGUUCCUUUCAUGCUGUCAAUAGUAAUGAAACCAAGUUCUCUAUCGUACCAGAAAACAUCUUUGAAGGGGAUACUGUCACAAUGAUAUGUGAAAAUGAAGUCUCAUCCGCCAAUGUGUCCUGGCACCAUGUGGAGAGACACAUGGAUAUCCAGAACAGCAGCCACUUCUCCAUUUACACCUCAGUGUUUAAUAACUUGUCCUCGGUGUCACAGCUCAUCAUCCACAACAUCACAAGCAAAGAUGCAGGUGACUACAUUUGCAAACUAACAGUGGAUAUUUUUGAAUAUGAAGCCAGAAAAAAAAUAGAUGUUCAAUCUACUCUAAUUUUGGCAAAUGAGAUAGAGUUGACGGUGACAUGUGACAACAAUCCUGUGUCCUUAAACUGCUGCAGUUACAUCAAUGUUAAUUGGAGUAGUAUAGAAUGGACUCAGAAAGGAGAAAUAAGCAUUCCAGGAGUUGCUGAAAAAGAUCCUGAUUCUAGCUGCAGUAGGUACUCCCUCACGGCUGAUGGCACUCAAUGCCCAAGUGCAUCUUCUGGAACACUAGUCAUUUACACGUGUGAGUUCAUCAGUGGCUAUGGAGCCAGAGGCACUAAGGACAUAGAAGUGACAUUCAUAUCUGUGGCAGGAGAUAAUUCCAGCCACAAAGGGGAAACAGUGCACGAGUUCCUAAGGCAUGUGAUGGAAGUGAGUUCAGUGCAGAGCACCACCGGGAACAGCUUAGAAACAAGUAAAGCCCAGCAACAGCAAGCCAAUUUAACAAUAACCCCGGACCCAAUUUCUGUUUCUGAGGGACAAAGCUUUUCUAUAAAGUGCAUCAGUGAUGUGAGUAACUAUGAUGAGGUGUACUGGAACACUUCAGCUGGCAUUAAAAUACAUCAAAGGUUUUUUACCUCGAGGAAUUAUAUGAAUGGAGCAGAGUCAGUGCUGACAGUCAAUACUUCAACUCGGGAAUGGAAUGGAACCUACCAUUGCAUAUUUCGAUAUAAGAAUUCAUAUAGUAUCACCACCAAAGAUGUCACUGUCCACCCGCUGCCUCUGGUGUCCAACAUCAUGGUUGAUCCUUUAGAUGGUGCAAUUCUAUGCAAAGAUUCCCAGUACUUUAAGUGCUGUGUAGAGGAGGAUGAAGACUAUAAAGUAUAUUUCCAAGUAGAUUCUUCUUUAUUUCCUGCUGCCAAAGAAGUCAUUGGAAAGCAAGUGUGCUACAAAUACCAUUUCACGGCAAAUUCAGUAUCCCAGUGUCCCAGAAAUAUUGAGGUGUUUUGUCAUUUUACCAAUGGCGCUAAUAAUUCAGUCCGGAGUCCCUCUAUGAAGCUUAAUAUGGUUUCUGAGGAGAACGUCACAUGUCAAGAUUCUAUAUUAGGUGUUGGGGAACCUGGAAAAAUAAUCCAGAAGCUGUGUCAGUUCUCACGUGUUUCCAAAAGUCCAGGUAGUCUCCUUGGUGGGAUCAUGACCUAUGAAUGUGUAGGUUCCCAGUGGAAGAUGAAGAGGAAUGACUGUGUUCUGCCUCCAAUCAACAGUCUUCUUCAACAGGCUAAGGCUUUGGCCAAGAGUCCUUCUCAGGAUGAAAAGCUCCCUAUCUACCUAAAAGAACUUUCAAUUCGCACUGCCAACAAUGAACAUGAGAUCUCCUCAUCUCCAGGGAGUCUGGGAGCCAUUAUUGACAUCUUUGACUUGCUUUCAACAAUUCGAACUGAAGUGAACUUAGAAAUGAUGACACAUAUUCUCUCGACGGUCAACGUCAUCCUUGGCAAGCCCAUUUCAAGUGCCUGGAAGGAGUUGCAACAGAAACAGGUCAAUCAAAGCUCACAACUAUUGUAUUUAGUGGAAAAAUUUUCCCAAGCCUUUCAACCAGAAGAGGGCGAUGUUACCUUCAUCUCUGACGCUAAUGUGCAAAUGAAGAGUAUGGUAGUCAAAUCUGCCCCCAAACCCUUCAAACAGAGUUUUGUUUUCCCAAAAUCUAAACUCUGGGGCAAUGUGGCCAUUGAUGAGUGUCAACUGGAAAACUUGGAGCCAGAUUCAUCAAUUGUCAUAGUGGCUUUCCCAACUCUCAAAACAAUCCUUGGCCAGGACAACCAGAGGGAGAAUUUUGCAGACAGCUUAGUGAUUACAACCACUGUCAGCAACAAUAAAACCAAGCCAUUCAGAACUUCCAUGAUUUUUAAGAACAACCACCUUUCUGGUGGAAUACCAAGUUGCGUCUUCUGGAAUUUUAACCUUGCCAACCACAGUGGAGGAUGGGACACCAGUGGGUGCUACAUUAAAGAAGUUAAUGGGGACAGCGUCUCUUGCAGCUGUGAACAUCUCACAUCAUUUUCCAUCCUCAUGUCGCCUGAUUCCCCAGACCCUGGCUCCCUCCUGAAAGUUUUACUGGAUAUCAUUUCCUACAUUGGCUUGUGCUUUUCCAUCGUGAGUUUAGCAGCCUGUCUAGUGGUAGAAACUGUGGUCUGGAAGUCAGUGACCAAGAACCGGACUUCCUAUAUGCGUCACAUCUGCAUAGUGAACAUUGCUGCCUCCCUUUUGGUAGCUGACAUAUGGUUCAUAGUGGCCGCUGCCAUCCAUGAUCAUCACUAUCCACUCAAUGAGACAGCGUGUGUGGCUGCCACGUUCUUCAUUCACUUCUUCUACCUCAGCGUCUUUUUCUGGAUGUUGACCCUGGGUCUCAUGCUCUUUUAUCGCCUGGUUUUCAUCUUGCAUGAUGCCAGCAAGUCAAUUCAGAAGGCACUUGCAUUUUCUCUUGGCUAUGGUUGCCCUCUCAUCAUAUCAGUCAUCACAGUGGGAGCCACCCAGCCACAGGAAGUCUACACAAGGAAAAAUGCCUGUUGGCUCAACUGGGAGGAUACCAAGGCCCUGCUGGCCUUUGUCAUCCCAGCACUGAUCAUUGUGGUGGUGAAUGUAACCAUCACAGUGGUGGUCAUCACCAAGAUCCUGAGACCUUCUGUCGGAGACAAGCCAAGCAAGCAGGAGAAGAGUAGCCUCUUUCAGAUCAGCAAGAGCAUUGGGGUUCUCACUCCCCUCUUGGGACUUACAUGGGGCUUUGGUCUGGCCACUGUGUUCCAGGGAAGCAAUGCUGUGUUCCAUAUUGUAUUUACUCUCCUGAAUGCCUUUCAGGGAUUAUUCAUUUUACUCUUUGGAUGCCUCUGGGAUCAGAAGGUACAGGAAGCUUUACUGAAUAAAUAUUCCAGAUCAAAAUGGUCUUCACAACACUCAAAGUCAACAUCCUUAGGUUCUUCUACACCUGUAUUUUCUAUGAGUUCCCCAAUAUCAAGAAGAUUUAACAAUUUAUUUGGUAAGACAGGAACCUACAAUGUUUCGAGCCCUGAAAUGACAAGCUCAUCGGUGGAAAACACAUCCAGUGCUUAUUCUUUGCUUAACUAACAACAGAAAACUACUACUCAUGUGACCUCUUGGGACAAGUGGAUGUUCUCUGAAAAAGAGAUUCUUUCAAAGCGCUGGGUGAAAUGAUUUCUUAGAAGAUUUCUGGGAGCAGAUGCUGAAAAAAGACUUUCCUUAGAGAAGAGGUUUCUUUUUUAAGAACAGACUAAAUGCAAUUUUUACCUUUUUUUUCUGUUUAAUACCAAAUGUGUAUAGUAUUUAAGUGAAGCUCCAUGUCCCCUUUGGCCCAACUUCUCUGUCUAUAUUGUAAAAUAGAAUUCUGAAGAGACAUUUUCACUUCUUUCCACAUUGGGCUUUGAUGCAAAUGAGCUUUGAUUAAAAUAAUAAGUCAAAGGCUAAAAACUAGGAAAUAUUUCCAUGAAUUCUUUAAAGUAGAAUAGAGAGGAAAGGAAGGGAGAAAGAACAAAAUAUAAAGGAAAAUAGAAAUAAAACAUUUAAGGACCAUAUUCAUAUUUUAUUGUAAUGAGCUAGUAUUCAGUACUGCAACAUUAAGGAUUUAAAACUGGCCUUAAAAUGCACACUGAUGGAGCUAGACCAAUAGUACAGUGGGUAGGACAUUUGCUUCACACACCGCCAACCUGGUUUCUAUCCCCUGCAUCUCCUCUGGUUCCCUGAGUACUGCCAGUGAGUCGUGAGUGCAGAGCCAGGAGUAAUCUCUGAGUUUAGCCGUGUG